AGGAAUGUUGAUUUUGUAAUGAAACAUUAUACUUAUAUAGUCUAAUUCUUGUCCGCUAAAGAAAAAUUUAUCCUGGCAACUCUGGGGCUUUGAGAGAGGUCGAAUAGUGGGUCUUCGUUUCGCUAAACUGUAAAUCGAUUAAAUAGGACCUUAUCAUUUGUGGCAAACUGUUGUUAGGCUUGGUUCCAAGAAAAAACAGCACAGUAAACCAGACAUCCAGAGCGUUCCCCAUAAGCAAAAACAUCAUCUAUGACUAUGAGAGUUGAUGUGCUGCCUGUGUUUAUGUGUGUUGGAAUUAUUCUAUCCAAGUUUUUUUACUAGGUGUAAACACUCCUAGCGACGCCCUGGCUACGACCUUGUGGACCAGAUGGAAGCGUCCCCGCUAUUCGCCGUAAAACACACCUUACUUCAACUGGGGGAUUGCAGCGGUGAGAUAAAUUUCCACGUACUGGUUAUUAUAGACUUUGUAAUCUAAUGGAGGUAUAUUUAAAAGAAGGAAAUGUCACUAAUUUAUAUUUAAUAUGUAGAUAUAUUUUAUACAAACAGGGUAAACGUUGUCCAAAAUUGAUAGCACGCUACAGAUUGCCAGUCAUUCUAAAGUAAUUGUACUUUAGAAUGACUAAGCCAAAACAAACUACUAGCUUUAACUGUGCCAUAAAUAUAUGCAAAUUAUUGUUUACAUCCUUUUUAAACAUUAAUACAUACACAAUUUUGUUCAAUAAUGCAAGCAGCUUGAGAUAACACAAAUGAAUUUGCAGUGUGAACAAACCCCUGUCACAUUGGUUAUGUAAAACACGAUUCAUGAAAAUUGCUUCAAGAAAAUUAAUUGGAGAUUUUUUACACAUUGUAAUAUAACAGUUAAGUAAGCAUGUUAUUAGGCUAGCAGUUACAUAAUUUCAUAAUGAUUGUACGUUUAAUAUAUACGCAUCAGAUAGUGUUAUUGGUUAGAUAUUUUUAAUUACAUUACACAAAUAGUCCUUGACCACCAAGUUCAGUAUCCAACUUUCUUUUGGACAAACGAGUGACGAUAUUUUGGUAAAGUAUUGAUAAAAACAAACAAGAUUCAGACCUAUCUUAGAUCAAAACAACGAUUAUAUACCCACAUAAACAUCACUUUCACAUCGAGCAGUACGCUUUGUUAAUAAACGAGUUUUAGACAAGUGCUCUAUUAGUUUAAUAAUGGUCAUCGAGAUAGAAGGUUACAACGUGUGCAGGGAAGACAGAACGAAAAUUCGAGCACUUUUUGGUCUCAGUGAUGAUGAAGUGAAAGUGAAAGUGGAAGAACUGAAGAAAUGGGUCCAGAGUAAUCCGCACUUGCCUGAGGAAAGCCACGAUGAGGCUUAUUUGGAUAUUAUGUUACUGAGAAGCAAGUUUAAGGACGACUACGUGAAGAAGAAUAUUGAGAAUUAUUUUAAGUAUAUGAGUAAAUAUCCCGAAGUUUUUAAGAAGCUCGGAAAAUUUAAGCCGUCAGAAGAAGUGGGUGUAGCGAUGGCAUCCCCAACCUUGGCACCUAAUUUUGAAAGAAUUGGUAUCCUGAAACUCCUCCAAAAAAAUAUGUCUAGUAGAAAAUUCGACAUUAAUCAGAUGAUACUAGUGACGGUGACAACAGGAAUUAUCAUGUACAACAACGAUUACACACCAAGCAUACGUUUUCUUCUGGAUUUUGAAGGUUUUACCAUGUUGGAUCUGUUUAAAGUAAAUCUGAGGGAUUUGUUCAAAUUGGUGUCCAUUUGUGAAAAUAUACUCAGAAUAAGAAUUUCUGGGUUUGAACUGCUGAAUGCACCAAGAUUGAUGACCGCAUUAUUGGGGAUUGGAAGAGUCCUUCUCAAGCCUAAAAUGUUUUCAAGGAUAACUACACAUUCUGACGCAUCUACCCUUCUUAACAACAUUCCCAAAGAAUGCCUUCCCAGUGAUUAUGGAGGAGAAUCGGAAAGCACAGACACCCUAGUUGAAAUAUGGGAUCACAUAGUAGAAGCCCAAAAACCAUUUUUCGAAAAAGUGGCAAACUACUCCAGAAAAAGCUGACAAGUGUGUGUGUUUUAUUUUUAUCAAAACAAAGCCAUUAAACAUG